AUGAUGAGUAGCAAAGGCGAAGAUGAGCAAGACGACAAGAAAAAAGGGAACGAGCAAGAGGGUGCAGCAUCGGCUUCUGAUCGCAAACUGCGCAAAAUUCCAUGGGUUCUGCAACAAUUGGAUAUUCCAGACAAGAUGCAGUUUUUUGGAGGUGGUGGCUCAGGUUCUCAAGUUUUUGAUGGUGUUACGCGCAAGAGUGGUGCAGUAACUACAACUGCUAAGUCCUCCAGUACAGGAAAUGAUGAUGCGACCAGCACAACCGGAUUCUUCCAUCUCGUUUUUCUUUUCUCCGAGGCGGACUUGUAUUUGAUCCAAGUGUUUGCGCAGGCGGCGAAAUUGCGGGAGGAAACACAGGUUUUAAGGCUAUAUUAUUUCUUGUAGUAAAUAAACCUAUGUAAUAUAGCUUGAUACAUAGAUGAUCCACUAUGAUCCAUUAUUUAGUUAUACAUAGUAGUAGUACAACACUCAGGAGGCUGAGGAGGACUCCUUCAUUUAAGGGUUACCGAAUUGCAUCCUUCACUACCAUUCUUGACUUAUUUUCCAAUAGGAAAGAAGUCAAGGAUGAUCUGAAGAAUGUAAUUGCGCAACCCCUAAUUCAUCGUUUUUAGAUUUUUAUUCAGGAUGGAAUACUUCAAAGAAUGAUCAUAUUAUGCCCAGUUCUGGUGGAGCUGAAGGCCUUCGUCCUCUAAUAUCGGGAUUUGUCUUCGUUGGUGAUCGCAUGUGGAAGCGAUACGGUAAGAAAUUCUAUUGCCAGCUUUUGGUGAAGAAGGGCAAAGAAGCCAAGAAUGCAGUUGACUACUUGCUGACUAGUACGUCUGUCUUGCCGUCUUCAGUUUGCAACUUCGAAGAAGAAGCACAAGCAAAAGUAUCCUCUUCAAAAUCCAAGAAGGGAAAAAAGAACAAUAAAAAGACCUCCGCAACAAAAGCUGAAGACGAAAAGCAGCUAAAGGCGCAGUUAGCAGAGAUCGAAAAGGCGAAUGGGAACCUUGCAGACCAGAUGCAGCACAAGGAGUUGCGAACAGAUGCAAUGAAAACCUUCAUUCAUGGAUGGAAAAACACUGAGACAUCAAGUAGUACUAGUACUGACAUCUCCACUCCUCUGCCGAAAGAUCGUGUAGCCAGGUGGUGGUGUAACGGAAGGGUCGUGGAGUUGGUUUCGCCAAACGUUGACAUGGUUGAAGAAUCUGCUUCUGGUGCUUCAUCUGUGCACAGUACUAAAAGUAAUUAUCUGCCUCUGACGAUGACUCCAUUGACCCCAGAGCAUGUUGCUACCCUCGAAAUCCAGAUGCCGUUGCCACUAAAACUCUCACAAACCCGCCCAGUAACAACUCGCGCGCAAAUGCAGGCCAUCGUGAAUCAGAAGCACCUCGAAAUCGCUACCCGGUCCUUCGAUGCACGUCACAUUGGACUGGCGGAUCUGUGGAACGAUUGCCCAGAGGCACUGAAGAUGCGCCUUACUUUCGGGCAGGGACCACCAAUGUUGAAAGUUUUGGCCUUCGUAGAUCCUCUGAGUCAAGACAUGGCGAUCGCGAGUGCGGUCUUUGCGAAGCUGAGCGAGCUUUUUCCGACUGAGAUAAGCUUCAUCUUCAAUCCCAGAGACGAGUACGAAGAGGCGCCCUUGCUGCACUACUACCGACAAAUCAUGUUCACGAAGCCUACUUCUUCUUAAGGCUCAAUAUUUAUUUCAUUUCUACAUAAGUCAGUUCUUCCUAUUUCCUUCUUAGGAUUGGGAGAAAUUUGGGCAAGAAAUGAAUUGUUUUGCGCUCUAAUCUUCUUCGAGUGAUGCGACUACAUCUACGAGGACUUCUGUUGCUGUUUUCAACCAGAGAGACGAGAACCACAACUACCAGGAAGAGGACACAGAUGACAGCGUCCUUACGAUUACGCGGCCUAACAUCUUCACACUGUCACUGGCUGUGCCAGAUCCCUGGUUGGUUUCGGCUAAGAAUGCGGAAGAAGAUUUCGACAAUCUCGUGAUCAACAACAAGCAAGUUGCACAAGAAGGACAAGAAUCUUCUUCUUCUACCUCUUCAAAGAAAGUAAUCAAGGGUGUGUACGAACUCCGGUCCAUGUACAUGGAAGGACAGGCUUUGAUCGCGAGGGAUGAGGAUCAGGAACAAAUGUCCCUCUUCCUCUUCGGUGAACGUCCAGCUGCUGGCGUAGAACUGGGUAUCUUUGAGCAGAGGAGCGAAAAGGUUCUUGACUUAAGCUCCCCUCAACUAUAUUUUUGAUUCUUCUUCGUUCUCAUUCUCAAGUACUUACCUAUACUUAGUACUUUAAAAAGGAGAAAUUCUGAUUCUCAAGUACUUAUCUGAUUCUUCUUCGUUCUCAAAUACAUUUUUUUGAUCGUUAUAAAUUUCUCUGUAAGGAGAUGAAAACAUCAAGACGUUAAGGAUACUAGAAGGAUUCAUCUCCAGAUGUGAAUCUAAGUAGGUUGGUACGAAGAAGUUCUAAUUUGCGAUGCCCGCGUCUUGCGGAAUCACGGUUAUUUUCAGCUAGCUGCAAAUCCAGGCAUGUACACGAUCAAGGUUCUGCCUGACAGUGCGGCAAAGUGGCAGCUAGUUGGUGCACCUUUUUUGACGGUUGACAGUUACAUCACUCCGCCAUAUACGAUCCGCGUCCUGAAUCUCCAGGCUGAUGAGGAACCAUCGCUAGCUGCUAGAAUGGGGAUGCAGUUGCUGGGUGGAGGAGCACGUUCUUCUAGUAGAAAAGACAAGAAUGAUGCAAAAAAGAAGGAUGAAAACAAGGCUGAAAAAACAGAAAUUGAAAUCCCAUCUGACGGACUUGCGGACAACUUUGUUUCGAGCGCUAUCUCCAGCGUCACAGGAAUCUUUUCGUCGUUUAUAUCCUCCGGGACAGCUCCUGCUGCACCGACUACACCUCCGACGACAAAUAAAGAGGAACAAGUAGAAGAGGAAGAAGAUUCAACAGGAGGUGCAGAUGUUGAAGUUGAUGUUGCUCCUGAAAAGAAGUCCUCUUCCAAGAAGGAAUGGAUCCCUGCCACAACUUCUGCAGUCGAGGUCGGAGGUGGACAAGAAGAAACGUUAAGGCUCAACUUUCAAUGGUCACCAUUUAGAUUGGAGCCACCAUUUAGAUUGGAAGAGGCGACCCCUUCUUGAGAGACGGAGACCCAACAGGGGAAAUAAACGAAUUGGAAGAGGCGACCCCUUCUUGAGAGACGGAGACCCAACAGGGGAAAUAAACGAAGGGAAAGGGGAGAGCUUUGAAGGGGGUCUCUUCCGUUCAGAGUGGUCAUGAUGACCAUUGAGUGCUGAGCUUUAAAAACGCCAGUCCACAUCUUCACCGUUGCUUCUGGGCACUUGUACGAAAAGCUGCUUUCGAUUAUGAUCCUGAGCGUCCGAGCUCACACGACUGCCCCUUUGCACUUCUGGUUCGUAGACAAAUUCUUCUCUCCAAAGUUCAAACGCUUUGUACCCCUUCUAGCCGAACGCUACAAGUUCCGUUUCAGCUUCAUCAGCUACAAGUGGCCCACUUGGCUACACCCGCAGACCGAAAAACAACGCUUGAUUUGGGCGUACAAGAUUCUGUUUUUAGAUGUCUUCUUCCCGCUGGAUGUCAAGCGAAUCAUCUUCAUCGAUGCCGACCAGAUCGUGAGAGCUGACGUGCGGGAACUGCGGGAUAUUGACAUGGAGGGGAACGCUUACGGGAUGGUGCCGAUGGGAAAUACGAAUGAAAAAACGGAAGGUUUUCGCUUCUGGAAACAAGGAUAUUGGCUGAACCAUCUGAGAGGAAAGCCAUAUCACAUUUCGGCGCUCUUCGUUGUGGACCUGACGCUUUAUCGAACUAGUACUUAUUCAAAUCUUGUUUUUGCUCUUACUUCUUCACGGCGCUCUUGGUUCUGCAAGCAAAAGCAUGUGACGGAGAUGAGUGAUCAUCAUGCUCCAACUACAUAAUUCGAGAUUUUUUCUUCAUCUUUCCCAAUCUAUCAUCUCUUCAACAAACUAACAGCCAGCAGCGGCGAUAUCCUGCGCGAUACCUACAACGGCCUUGCUCAAGACCCCAACAGUUUGGCGAAUUUGGAUCAGGAUUUGCCGAAUUUUGCGCAGCACCACUUACCGAUCUUCUCCUUACCGAAAGAGUGGCUGUGGUGCGAGACCUGGUGUGGAGAGGACGAACUUUCUUCAGCCAAAACGAUCGAUUUGUGCCAGAAUCCAUUGACCAAGGAACCAAAACUCCAGAUGGCCAGACGUAUUGCGCCUGAGUGGAAUGACUACCAUGACGAAGUGGUGGCAUUGCAGAAGGAACAGGAAGAAGGACUUGAUUCACAAGCCGUGUCGAAAAACACCACCACAUCGUCUACGACAUCCAAAGCCACUUCGAAAGGCACAAAAGAGACUUCUUCAACAACGUCGACGACCACGACGACGACUUCUACAACCACGAAGAAGAGUAAGAAGGAGACAAAGAAGGAGAAGAAGAAGGCAGAGGACGAAAAGAAGAAGGAUGAGGAAAAGUCCAAAAGCGCAGAUGAAAAGAGCAAGAAGAAGGAUAGUGACAAGAAAAAGAAGAAAAAAAAGGGAAAGAAGAACACAGAAUUGUAAGUGCAUCUCAUGAUCCAACUCUAUUAAAAAGAUUGAAAAUGAUCGAUCAGAGACAUUUAGACAUGCACAUGAUAGAAGAUUUCAAAUAUGACGAAAGAGAUGAAAAAAUAUCAACGCGCGAUGUGCCUAUAAUCAUGAUAUCAGAGAGGGCGAAUCAUCCCAUCAUGUCUUGGGAUGAUAGAGAAACGACCAUACAACGAGCGGCUAUUUAACUAUCCAAAAACCUUGAAGGUGAAAAUGAAUCUUAACUGUGUCUCAAAAAAAUUUAACGAAAUAAAAAAGAUAGAUAAGAACUACAACACAGACCCUAUUCGGAG